AUGUCGAGCAAUUCGGACGAAGUCCGCGAGGUUCAAAACGGGUGGGAGCCCGAGAGCACAGACUCCAAGCGCCGGAGCUCGGAGGGUGUUCUUGAGGCUGUCCCAUUCUAUCCCCCACCCAAGAAGAGUACCCGAGCGAAGUCCAAAGGCCGAGCUAAGGGGUCAAAGAGGCCUGUUCCUCCAGUAGUGCCCAUACCUCCAGUUGCUCUGGUUCCCCCACCUAUUCCCCCUCCUCAGCCUGCUGUUCUAGUUACUGAGGCUCCUGCUCCGCCGGCCGCCCCCGUGCCUCCGCCUGAGGCCGGGCAUUGGAGGCGUGAGUGUGCUCUUCCCAUUCAGCAGCAGAGGCCACCGCAGUUGCCCCCUCCUCGUCCUCCUUACCAGCAGCAGAGAGUAAAGCUUUCGUCUGUCAUUCCUAAGGCUCCUCCUCAGCAGCAAAGGCAGUCAGGCAGACCUCCUCGGCGGCGGCAGCAGCAAAGACAACGCGGCGAGACAACAGGCGGCGCGGCACAGCAGAGGAUAUCCGCAUGUCCGGUCCACAGGUCCAGUAUGUAUCGCGGCCCAGGCGGCAGACUCGGGACCCUCGGUCUUCAGGUUGCUUCCCCUACCGGCUCGGGGCCGCUUCUAUUCCGCACGGGCGUCGAGCCAGACCCGAUCAUCGGCCAGGUGGAGUAG